UUCGCCCCGGCGCUGUCACUGAUCACAGGAGGGUCGUAACGUUAUCAUCAUAAACAUCAUCAUCGUGAUUCGCUGCUAACACUCAACGACUGGAAACACAGAAACCGGAGAGAAUCUGUGAUCGAUCGGGUGAUGGAGAUUCGGAUCAGCGUUCGGCUCGGAUUCAUCUGCUCGUUUCUUCUGCUUCACUGUGUCCACGGAACCCGUGCCGGCGUCUGCAGUCAGGAUCAGUUCAGCUGUACAAACGGGAAAUGCAUCACGAACCGCUGGGUUUGUGACGAGACGGACGACUGCGGCGACGGGAGCGACGAGCUUCCAGAGUCCUGCAGCCAGAAGACGUGUUUGUCGGGUCAGUUCAGCUGCGGAGGGCGUCUCAAUCAGUGUGUGUCCGGCCGGUGGCACUGCGACGGGAAGACCGACUGCGAGAACGGCGCAGACGAGGAGGGCUGCGUGCAGAGGACCUGCGCAGGCGAGGAGUUCCGCUGCGGCAGCGGUCAGUGUGUGUCUCUGUCUUUCGUCUGCGACUCUGACCGCGACUGCGACGACGGCAGCGACGAGGCGUUCUGUCCCACGCCCACCUGCGGCCCCGGGGCCUUCCAGUGCAAUAACUCUGUGUGCGUGCCGCGGCUCUGGGCCUGCGACGGCGACGCUGACUGCAAAGACGGCUCUGACGAGUGGCCACAGAACUGCCCAGACGGCACGGCUCAUCAGUCGCCGCCGGUCUGCCGCGAUCACGAGUUCCUGUGUGCCAGCGGGGAGUGUGUCUAUAGCAACUGGAAAUGUGACGGAGCCGAAGACUGCUCAGACGGCUCAGACGAGCACAACUGCACUGCUCUCACCUGUCGUGUGGAAGAGUUCCCGUGUAAAGACGGCAGCUGCAUCCCGGGAAUACGUCGGUGUGAUGGGAAUCCUGACUGUCCGGAUCACAGCGAUGAGACAGAGUGUGCCGCCGAUACUAACGAGUGCCUCACUAAUAAUGGCGGCUGCUCUCACACGUGCAGCGACCUGAAGAUGGGAUACGUGUGUAUGUGUCCGGCAGGUUUUCACCUGAUCAACCGCACACACUGUGAAGACGUGGACGAAUGUGAAGACGCAGACAGAUGCACUCAGAUCUGUAUAAACCUGCCGGGCAGCUUCAGGUGUGACUGUGAAGACGGGUUCGAGUUGGAUCACAUGACCAAAGACUGCAAAGCGGUAACAGGGUCCGGUGGGUUCCUGCUCUUCAGCACACGGCACGAGGUCAGGAAGAUGGCGCUGGGCAGCCGGACAUACACGGCUCUGAUCCAGCAGCAGAAGAACGUGGCGGCGCUGGACGUGGACGUUCACGGAGACAUGAUCUUCUGGACUGACGUGAGCCUGAAGAAGAUCUACAGCGCCACGGCCGCUGACCCCGCCCACCACAGCACGGUGAUUGACAGCCAGAUCUCCCGCCCCGAGGGUCUGGCGGUGGACUGGGUCCACGGGAACAUCUACUGGACGGACAGCGAGCUGCAGACGAUCUCGGUGGCGACGACUGACGGCAGCAAACGCAAGACGCUGAUCAGCGAGGGCCUGAAGCAUCCACGAGCGAUCACUGUCGACCCGCAACACAACGUCAUGUUCUGGACGGACUGGGGCGAGCCGGCGCGGAUCGAGAAAAGUGGCCUGAACGGCGCUGACCGGACGCCUCUGGUGACCGACCACAUCCUCUGGCCCACUGGCAUCACGCUCGAUGUGAUGAACGGCCGGCUCUACUGGGUCGACUCCAAGCUACACGCACUGUCCAGCAUCGGUGUGAACGGAGACGGACGACACACACUGAUCCAGGACCAGCACACACUGCCUCAUCCGCUGGCGCUCGCCGUCUUCCAGGAGAAAGUCUACUGGACUGACAAGAACAACAAUGGCAUCUGGAGCGCUAGCCGUGUGACGGGGCGAGACGUGUUAGCCGUGGCCGAGCAUCUGCAGUCGCCAGAAGACCUUGUGGUCUAUCACAGCCUGAGACAGCCGCCCGGACAGGACUCGUGCAGGGAUGUGGCGGAGCUCAACGGUGGCUGUGAGUUCCUGUGUCUGCCGGCUCCACAGAUCAACACACACUCGCCCAAAUACACCUGUGCUUGUCCGGAUCACAUGACCCUGGCGGCUGACAUGAGGACGUGUGUGUCCGGUGUGAAUGCUACAGCGCCGCCGCAGGUGACCCGCAGAACUGCAGCCGGACGCUCCGGACCGAGCCCUGACCAUCAGCAGCCGGACGGCACACAGACGGGCUCUCGCAGCGGAAAUAAAGCAGAGCAAGAGCCACUUUCCAGCCCUUCCCAGCAUCCCACAGUCCUGUACAUCACACUUCCCAUCGUCGCCGUGUGUCUGCUGGCGGUCAGCAGUGUGUUGCUAUGGAGACACUGGAGGAUGAAGAACACCAACACCAUGCACUUCACCAACCCGGUGUACCAGAAGAAAACAGACGACACCGUCCACAUCUUCAGGAGCCCCAGCCUGGACGGAUACUCUCAUCCUUCGUGUCAGAUGAUCAGUAUGGAAGAAGACGCAGCCUGACGCUCCAGAAGCUCCUCCAGAAGCUCAAGGUCACUUUAAUGCUGCUCUGAAACUUUUAACAGUCAGCUGAAGGAAACUUACCUCUCCAUGUGUGAAAGACCAGGAUCAACCCUGAAUUUUAUAAUGCCUGCAUGAUAUAAGGAAUGAAGACACCCCCCCCCCACACACACACACACACACUCCUGUCUAAUGGACGUCAUCACAGGCAAAGAGCAGAAGAUCUCACAGAGACUCUUCAGGAACACUCCGCUGUUUUCAUUUGUCAUAAGAAUCUCUUAUUGAAGGUGUUACCACUUUAUAAUAUUUAAUGAUCCUUGUAAAUAUUUGUGAUUUAUGGAGGGCAGACAGGUGUCUCUCUCUUCUUGCACUAUAUAUGUUGACUGUCACAGACUUUAUUUAUGUUUCUCCAUCACAAACAGACUUGAACAACCUCUUGACUUUGUUUUGAUGAAGUGCUCGUAAGUUUGAGAAAAAAAGUUCUGGGCCUUAAACCUGAUGGUGCCUGAACAUUAUGUUUCAUAAUGUUUGAAUGCCUUUGAUGCCUUCGGGGCGCGAGCGAAUCAGUGCUCAGGGAGAUUCAGGUGACCUCUGACCUCAUCUGUCUGUUUAUUAGCAGGCUCGUGCGGUAUGUUAUCUGAAGGAUCGACGCUCCUCAAACAUCUAAUACUGGCCUUUAUCACACCGUCUUAAACCGAAGACUUUGUACGAAGAACACUCUUAUUUAUUGUGUAUAUGUGUGCUUUUGCUUUUCUCUUUUAAAUGAAUUGUUUAUCAGAUGUGAUAUUGAAAUGUCCACCAGAAAUCGAUGUGCACUACCGAGGGAACGGACCUGCGCGUCAUUCGACGACAUUCAGGGACUUUUAUAACGUUUUAUGAAGGAUGAAACAUGAACGUGAAGGAAAAGCAGUAGCUCUGAGCUCAGUUUUAUUCUUGUGAAGAUCAGAAGAACCCGUCUCUUGAUCUCAGGACUGAUAGUCCGUGAUCUGAAUGUUCUACAGGUUUAGAGAAACAAAUCACACCCAAAGAAACAACUGUUUUUGACAUUGUUUAUCAAUAAAUGCACAUUUGAAACCUGAAA